UCUCCGGGGAUAGUAGGUGCAGCUUUACUCCUGCACUCUCGGUCUGUAACUGAUGGAAAAGUUCGAGACAUUCUGUCUUUGAUAGAGCUUCGGUGAAGCCGGUUGUACUGUGCUUUUCAAAAUAUCUAAGAUGGUGCGGGAGCAGUACACCACAACCACGGAAGGCACCCACAUAGAGAGGCCAGAGAAUCAGUGUGUCUACAAUAUUGGCAUUUAUGGCUGGAGGAAGCGUUGCCUCUACUUGUUUGUUCUUCUUUUACUCAUCAUCCUCAUUGUGAAUUUGGCCCUUACAAUUUGGAUUCUUAAAGUGAUGUGGUUUUCUCCAACAGGCAUGGGUCACUUGCAAGUAACAGAAGAUGGACUUCGCCUGGAAGGGGAAUCAGAAUUUUUAUUCCCAUUAUACGCCAAAGAAAUAUGCUCCAGAACGGACUCAUCUCUGCUGCUACAGUCCACUCAGAAUGUGACCCUGAACCCGCGCAACUCAGAAGGAGAGGUCACGGGCAGGUUAAAAGUGGGUCCCCAAAUGGUAGAAGUCCAGAGUCAACAGUUUCAGAUCAGCUCCAAAGACGGCAAGCCGCUGUUCACUGCUGACGAGAAGGAAGUUGUGGUUGGUACAGAUAAACUUCGAGUAACUGGGCCUGAAGGAGCUCUUUUUGAACAUUCCGUGGAGACACCCCUUGUCACAGCAGACCCCUUUCCAGACCUUAGGUUGGAAUCCCCCACGCGGAGUCUGAGCAUGGAUGCCCCAAUGGGUGUUCACAUUAAAGCUCUUGCUGGAGAAAUCGAGGCCCUUUCCCAGGAGGAUAUCAUUCUGCAUAGCAGUGACGGAACGCUUGUGCUUGAGGCUGAAACUGUGUGUUUACCCAAGUUGGAGCAGGGGACUCAGGGUCCCGCUGGCAGCUCACAGGGACUCUAUGAGGUUUGCGUGUGUCCAGAUGGGAAGCUGUACCUGUCUGCAGCUGGCGUGGCCACCACGUGCCAGGAGCACAGUCACAUCUGUCUCUGAGCACCCGCCCCCUCCAGGGAGCAGCGCAGUGCCACUGGCCUCAAGCCCUCAUACCUGGGAGUGGCCGGACACCCUGCAGGACUGGGAAGGUGACCGUGGGCAGGAAGCAGGACACACUUUCCAGAGGAACUCGGAAACUGCAUGAUCUCAAAAUGGCGCACGGGUGUUAGAAGUGGAAGAAAUAUCAAAGCGCCGUAUUUAUUUCACUGGACUAAUUUUCAUGAGAACAAUUGUGACUGUUCUCUUCCUCACCUCCCUCCCCUUCUCUUGGACAUGUCAGUGUACAGUGAGAUUCUGAGUUGCUGUGUGGAACUGAUUUGUGAUAUUCAAUUGUGGCUACUAACUCCCCAUAAGUCACAUUGGUCAGUGCUAAAAUGCCCCCGAAGUUCCACACCGUGUUCCCUUUCUACCACUCAAACCUCAGGGUCUCCCUUCAGCUGGAUGCAAAGUGUGUCAGGUUGUACAAGAAAAUCUUCAUGUUUUAAAGGGAAUUUGAGGUUGAUCUGAUUUUCAAUAUUUAGUCAAAGGAAUAAAUUAUACAAAAUCAGUCAUGUGAGCAAUAAAAAUCAACCUAUAUUUUUCACAUA